AUACAAAUCAUGUUGAUCGUUUAAUGUCUUGUCUUUAAAGUGGUAUUGUUGCUUAUUUUUAUAUAUAAAGAUCUAACAUACUUGCGCUGUGGAUUCAGGAAGGAAAGUAAAGGACAGGGCGCGGGCUAAACAAAUUCCAUCCUCGUGUAGAAGACAACACUAACUUUUACAGAUAAUGGCUAAAGGGAUGUACUUGGAGCAUUAUUUAGAUAGUAUAGAGGGGCUGCCCUGCGAGUUGCAGAGAAACUUUUCAUUAAUGGGUGAUUUGGAUAAUAGGACUGAAGAGAAAAAGGAAGAGAUCAAUGAAUUGGCUGCUGAGUAUGUUGCAAGUGUUAGGAAUCUGGCAUCAGAGGAGCGCGUCCAGCAUUUAAAGAAGAUUGAAAAUGCCUACAACAAAUGCAAAGAGUACAGCGAUGACAAAGUUCAGCUUGCAAUGCAGAUAUAUGAAAUGGUGGAUAAACACAUUCGUCGAUUAGAUGCUGAUCUGGCACGCUUUGAAAAUGAUCUGCAGGAUAAACUGGACUCGGGUAUUCAGGAUAGCUCAGAUGAAAAGCUAUCUCGAAAAGAUAAAAAAAUAAAGGAAAAGAAGGGCUCGCAUGGUAGAGACAAGAAAGAAUCAGAUCAAGAUUCUCCCAAGCACAAAAGACAGAAAAAUGGCCCUAGUCCAAACAUUAGUGAAGCUCUGAUGCAUCCAUCAGAUGUCUUGGAUAUGCCUGUGGACCCUAAUGAACCCACAUACUGCUUGUGUAGUCAAGUGUCAUAUGGAGAAAUGAUUGGAUGUGACAAUGCAGACUGUCCAAUAGAAUGGUUUCACUUUACUUGUGUUGGCCUAACAACUAAACCAAAGGGAAAGUGGUACUGCCCACGAUGCAUCCAAGACAUGAGGAAAAAGUAAAGUGUUGAUCUACAGUGCAUUUUGAAUAAUUCAGCCUCUUUGUGAAAUUCAGUGUAUCACUUAUUUGGUGUAUCUUGUAUUAGGGACGAACAAUUUUCUGUGCAUCAGUGCCUUAUCUAAGUUUAUGGUAUACCUGCAUGAAUGUCACAACAACGAAUAUUAAAUGUAUUGUCCAGCUGAUAUCUGCAAAGAGCUUAUAUUUUUUUCUUUUUUUAAUGAAAUUGACAGUUUGAAUGACAAAUGAAAAUAAAGUUUAUUUAUGAUCAUGCAUCACUAAAACAA